AUGAUUAGUAAGAAUCAUUGGUGUUGUAAAGCUGGUUUAGCUUGUAAAUGUGAGAUUCCAGAUUUCUCACUCUGGUGCUGGAGAGUCGGAUCUGGUGAACAAAUGCGGCAAUCCAUUCUACGGAAAGUUCAGGAAACGCAACUUCAGAGUCUAUCUAUCAUUGAAAACGAAGUCCUUCGUAAACUCCAUGAGAAAGAAUCUGAGGUAGAAACCAUCAAUAAGAAGAACGUAGAACUUGAAGAGAGAAUGGAGCAGUUAAGUGCUGAAGCCGAUGUCUGGCAACAACGAGCCAGAUAUAAUGAGAAUAUGAUUUCUGCUUUGAAAUUUAAGCUUCAGCAAGUUUAUGUCCAUAGCAGAGACAGUAAGGAAGGAUGUGGUGACAGUGAGGUAGAUGAUACAGCUUCAUGCUUCAACGGCCAUUCCAUUGAUUUUCAACUUCUCUCCCAAGAGAAGAACAAUAUGAAAGAAAUGAUGACUUGCAAGGCUUGCAGAGUCAAUGAAGUCACCAUGCUUUUAUUACCUUGUAGGCAUCUCUGCCUCUGUAAAAAUUGCGAGAGUAAGCUCAGUUUUUGUCCUGUGUGUCAAUCCUCUAAAUUCAUUGGCAUGGAGGUGUUUAUGUAAAAAGAUGGUCUUACAUGUGAAAUCUCUAAUUUUAUAUGAAAAUCACAUGUUUGCUUGUGUUACUGAUAUCAAAUAUUGUGAGGAAUGUUCAGCUGUGUAAGAACCUGGUGCUAACCAAAUACUUGUUCCCUGGAAAUUGUUGCUUAGGUUACUGUAUGCAUGAAAGAGUUACAGCUGUCUUCAAUUUGAUUAAAGUUCAUCACUCACAUGAUAGGUUUCUUUCUGUAGCCUUCUAGGUUCUAGCUACGUGAUCGUAGUUUUUUGAACAUGUGAGUUCAUGUGAUUGUUAUAAAUAAGAACAUGUGGUGCAAUGCGAAAGA